AUGAAGGAACUCCUCACCAAAAAGAGGAAAUAUUUUGAAGAGGAGACCAUUACAUUGGAGGCGGGGUGUAGUGCCAUUUUUCAAAAGAUGUUGCCAACUAAAUCCAAGGACCCUGGUAGUUUCACUAUUCCAUUCACUAUUGGGAGUUUAGCUAUUGGGAAGGAUCUACUUGAUUUGGGGGCUAACAUCAAUCUCAUGCCCUUAUCUAUGCUUCAGAGGAUUGGUGAUUUGGAGGUGAAGCCCACUCGCAUGACUUUGCAGUUGGCUGAUCGAUUUGUGAUGUAUCCUCAUGGCAUAGUGGAGCAUGUUCUGGUGAAGGUGGACCGUUUUUUGUUUCCCGCUGAUUUUGUGGUGAUGGAUAUAGAAGAGGACAUUGAUGUACCUCUCAUUCUUGGCCGACCAUUCAUAAAGACUGCAAGAGUCCUAAUUGAUGUGGAUGAUGGGAAGCUUAAGGUGAGAGUGAAUGAUGAAGAAGUCAACUUUGAUGUGUUUGACGCCAUGCACUACCCCAAGGACAAGAGCAGUUGCUUCCGGGUUGAUAUAAUUGAUGGCCUUAUCGAAGAUACUAGGAAACACGUCUCUUUUUCCACUCCUUUGGAGAAAGUCUUGAUCAAUGUGGUUGAAUAUCUCCAUGAAGAAGAAGAUAGAGAGAUUGAGGUAUGUCUGAAGAGCCUUGACUCAUAUAAGGAGGUGACACCUAAUUCUGUGCGUAUAGAAGAUUUGAAGGAGGAAGGGGAGGUGAUUACCCCUAAGCUUGAGUUGAAAAUACUUUCUUCUCAUCUCAAGUAUGUAUUUCUAGAAGAAGGUGGAAGCAAAUCGGUCAUCAUAAGUAGUUCCUUAUCCACAUUGGAGGAGGAGAAGCUUGUGAGAGUGUUGAAGUUCUAUCAAGGGGCAAUUGGUUGGUCUAUUUCUGAUCUCAAGGGAAUUAGCCCAGCUUAUUGCAUGCAUAAGAUAUUUAUGGAGGAUGAGUACAAAUCGGUUGCUCAACCAUAG